AUGAUUGGUUAUCCCAUUAAAAUUAGGGAUACAUCAUCGUUAUGUUUGGAUGAUGUUCUUGGCAUCUUACCUAUAGUGAAAAUUUCUCAGGUUAAUCGUGGAAGCCCACAAGUUAAUCCUGAAACUAAAAACAGUGAUCAACAAUGA